GGAGACAGUACGUGAAAGUAACCGAUGGUGUGGUGAAGGUUACAAAAGAGAGAACAAACUUGAACUUGAACCGUAGAAAUUGCAAUGUGGAUUUAUCAGAUUGCAUUCAUGUUCACUGCAGUUGCUUUUGCUAACCCGCUCAGAUACCAGACCUAUGCACCAGGUCACGACGAUUACAAAAACACUGACUACCAAUUCAGCUACGGCGUAAAGGACUAUCACACGGGCGACGUGAAGCACCAAUGGGAGAAAAAAGAUGGCGAUACCGUCAAGGGCCAGUACUCUCUGGUGGAACCCGACGGGUCGAUUCGUACUGUAGAUUACACAGCCGACAAACACUCGGGUUUUAACGCUGUCGUGAAACACACCGGUACCUUCAAGCACCCGAUACAAUCUAAAGAAGCACCCAUCAGUCACAAGGAGCUCGUUCUAAAACCAGUAGAAGAGCUACACCACAAACAAUACUCUUACGAAGAUGAAGACGACUUGAAAUACGAACAGGAAUCCAAUCACCAAGAUGAAUACAACGAAAAAAACAGUUAUUCCUACAUUCCUCAAGAAGAUAUUAAAUACGUAUAUCCGAAAGAAGAAGAAGAUGCCGAAGAAUCCCAACACACUUCCGUGCAAUCAAAAUACAACACAAGACCUGUUACAAAUAAAAAUUCCAUCAGACACCACGUAUCAAUCAAAGAAGAGUACGAGAAAAUUUCACCCGAGUUACCCGUCGAUUUGAGCCUCAUCAAAAACACCCCCAUAGAACCGGUCGACGUCAGUCUAAUCAACCCCAUCGAAGUGAACAUCAGAACACACCAGCAAUCGGUGCACAAAAACAAAUACUCCGAGCAGGACACCUCCUUGCAGCCCUCGCACGAGCUGACGCGCGACGAAAUCGCCAAGUACCUGCAGGAGUACUACAAGAACCAGGGGCUUCUCAACGAGCCCGAAAUAGAGGGGGGCUUCAAGCCCGUCAGGACCAAGUCCAAGGAGACCUUCACCCAGCCUCUGCCGGGCACGUACAAAUCGAACAAGAAGCCGGUCACCACGCCCGGCUUGAGUACUUACUCGAGCAAUCAGCACAGGAGCGGGUACCAUUCGAAGUACAGGAGACAUCCGAAGUCGGACGCGCAAGCGCAGAUCGUGCAUUAUUACGUGCCCGAGGAAAAUGGAAAUGAAAGGCGCAAUGC